UUCCACAUCUCUCUCUCUCUCUCUCUCUCUCUCUCUUUCUUUUGUGAUCUCUGCACCACCAAGUUCUAUUACCAACCAUAUUAACACUUGUUAAACCACCUUUCCAACUUUAUUUAUUUCUAGCUAGUCACAACCCUUUUAGAUUUCCAAACUUAUACCACUUCUCCUCCAACUCUUCAUCAUCUUCUUCUUGUUCUUCUCAUUGUUUCAUUCAAUUCAAUUCAAUUCAAUUCAAUUCAAUGGAUUUAUCAAAGGGAACACAUAGAUUCUUCAAGUUCAGAGGCCCACAAGAGUAAAACAGCUCCAAAAUUAAGGAAAAAAAGUUUCCCAUAACACCCCUUAAUUGUCCUCCAAAGAAAAUCAAUUAUAUAUAUACCAUUAAAAUUGAUCCAUUACAUUUAGCUCCACCACCAGUGACUAUUCCUCCCACAAACCCAAACACAAACACAAACACAAACACAAACCCAAACCCACUUAGAAAACAACAAACAAAAUUCUCCACACGUACCUUAUCACCUUUCUCUUUUCACAUCAAUGUAUCCCAUGUGUUUCGACUUCUCUCCUGCUGAAGCCAUUCAGAUGGCAUGGGUUUUGCUCUCCAUAGACUACUCCCGUCUCUUUUGGCUUCUCUUCGGCGUCUUCUCCUACGAAAACCACGAAGGGAAACCCAGGAUCUACCCCUGAUUAAUUAGUUUACUGUUAUUAUUAUUAUUAUUAUUAUUCUCCUAAUCUUCCUCCCCUGCACCUUAAUUAUUUUCUCCACUUCCUUCUUCUUCUUCUUCUUCUUCUUCUUCUUUUGACUUGACUUAUACUAUAUCUUUCUUUCAUAUAUAUAUAUAUAUAAGUUAUUUAUAUAUGUUUGAUAUGCGGCGGCCGGGGGAACUUGCCGGCGAGGCAAAUGGCUAUGUUGAGACAGACCCUUCCGGCCGAUAUGGACGUUUUGAUGAGAUGCUUGGCAAAGGAGCCAUGAAAACAGUAUACAGAGCCUUUGAUGAAUUGCAUGGAAUUGAAGUUGCAUGGAAUCAAGCCAAGAUAUGUGAUGUGCUGCGUUCCCCUGAUGCAUUGCAACGCAUGUACUCAGAGGUGCACCUUCUCAGCACACUCCACCAUGAUUCAAUCAUCAAAUUCCACACUUCAUGGAUUGAUGUAGAGAACCGGACCUUCAAUUUCAUCACUGAAAUGUUCACUUCUGGGACAUUAAGAGAGUAUCGGCAAAAAUACCGAAGAGUUGAUAUCAGGGCAGUAAAGAAUUGGUCACGCCAAAUUCUCCGUGGGCUCGUCUAUCUUCAUGGUCAUGAUCCUCCAGUGAUUCACAGAGAUCUCAAAUGUGAUAAUGUUUUUGUCAAUGGGCAUCUUGGACAAGUUAAGAUCGGUGAUCUUGGCCUCGCCGCUGUUCUCCGGGGAUCACAGGCUGCUCACAGUGUCAUAGGAACACCAGAAUUCAUGGCCCCUGAGCUCUAUGAGGAAGAGUAUAAUGAGCUUGUAGAUAUCUACUCUUUUGGGAUGUGUGUUUUGGAGAUGCUCACUUCUGAAUACCCUUAUAGUGAGUGCUCAAAUCCUGCUCAAAUCUACAAGAAAGUAACUUCGGGGAAGCUGCCUGAUGCUUUCUAUAGAAUUCAAGAUGCAGAGGCCAAGCAUUUUAUCGGAAGGUGCCUUGAGACUGCAUCGAAGAGGUCUCCGGCCAGUGAGCUACUACUUGAUCCAUUCCUAUCAUGCGGUGAUCAACUUCGGCCUUUGCCAGUGUUAAAGGUGAAUUCUGGUGAUGAAUUUGGACUAAAAUCAUAUGGUCCUAGUACUCCUCCUCAUUCGCCGAAAAGGCGUACCGAUAUGAUGAUCACCGGGAAAAUGAACCCAGAAGAUAAUACCAUCUUUCUCAAAGUGCAGAUUGCAGAUAAAGAUGGUAAAGUGAGGAAUAUAUAUUUUCCUUUUGACAUUCUGAGUGAUACUGCAAUUGAUGUGGCCAAUGAGAUGGUGAAAGAAUUAGAGAUCAAAGACAGAGAACCAUUAGAAAUUGCAGAGAUAAUUGAUAAGGAGAUCUCAAACCUGGCUCCAGAUUGGAAAGAAGCUCUUGUAAAUGAAGAGGAGCACCAUGUUUAUAGCUAUGGAGGUGAAAACCAUCCAUUCUAUUCCAUGUCCUCUCCUUCUUCUGCUUCUUCUUCCCAUUGCUCAAUGCUUGAGCCUGGUCCGUCUUCCCGGCAUCGCGAGCAUUGCCAAGAAGACUGGUUGAGAGAUGAUCUCUAUACAGAUGAUGACGAAGAUGGACAGUCUUGUAAAUAUUCAAAUGUGAGCUAUAACUCCGGUGAUGAGCUAGACAGUAGUAAUCAAAGAGAAGAAAAUAAGCCAACCAGGUUUUGUUCAGAAGAAAAACAGAAAAUAAGUAGUCCCAGUGAGACUGAAUUCCAGAGACAAUGCCAGCUUCUGCAGGAGGGCAAAAAGCCAGUGACUGAUAGAAAGCGAAUGAUGAGAAACAGAUCUAUGAUUGAUAUGCGUAGCCAAUUACUGCACAAGAACCUUGUUGAAGAAUUGAAUAAACGUUUGUUCAAGACGGUUGGAGCAGUCGAAAACAUCGGCUUUCGGAUGCCGUGGUCUCGGAAAGGAUCAUCUUCAUCGUCACCAAAGAGGGAGGGUAAGAAGCAGGGAAAUUCAUGGGGGAGAGCUUAGUUAAUAACACUCUCUUGUCUGUAAAUCAUUGCAGGCUUCCUGGUUGACGGUUUGUAAAAUUGUGAAUAUUAUUAUGAGUAUGCCUUUGAGGCAUGUUUUUUUUAAGUUUCAUGCGCUUGUACUGCAACUUAUAAACUGUUAGUUAUGAAUUGCUUGAUGUUUGUCACU